AUGUCUGAGUUUCCUUCUCUCCAGCCUGCCUUCACUGUCAAGGUCACAAUUGACCCUGGGUUUGCUGUUGGUAAGCUUCUACUCGAAAGGAAAUACUGUCGGUACAUUUCUGACCUCGUUCAAGGCAGUGCCUCUCGUUCCAACAGCCUGCAGGUCGUGCCUAUGACCGGUGGCACUGUCAAGAGUGAUCCCGGUUACUCCCUUGCCCUCGAUGCUGAGUUCGUCGGUACCGGCAACGAUUACAUCCAUGCGGACCCGGACAACAAGCACUUGCGCUUGAAUGCGCACGGAGUCAUCAAGACCAAGGAUGAGGCUUUACUCUAUAUGAACUACACCGGCGUCGUAACAAUGGGGCCUGCGGAACAGGCUGUAUUCUCUGGCAAAGCAGAGGACGGCGCGACGCCGUUUGGAAACUCCUUUACCCACUUUACCUUUGAGACCGGUGAUGAGCGCUACAAGGAGUUCGAGAACCGAGUAUUCGUCGGCCAGGGCCGAUUCCGAGUCGAGAAGGGUAAGCCCAUUGUUGUCGAAUACAAGGUCAGCCAGGUCGUCAAGGGUUAG